AUGUUUGACUUGGAAAAGACAACUGAUCUGCACGCUAAAUUGUACCCAGGACAUGUUCCAGUCACAGGUGAAGUUAAACGAACUCAAAGUACCGAAACUUACCUUCAUGGUCUUCAGAAAUUUACCAACUAUUCCAUUAGAGUGUUAGCAUACACAAGUGCAGGAGAUGGCGUUAUCAGCGACGUUUUAUAUUGCCGUACCGAAGAGGACCUUCCAGGAAAACCCGCCAAUAUCAAAGCCAACCCGUUAACAGCGGAAUCCAUUUUAGUCUCUUGGUUACCGCCAGUAAAAAGAAAUGGCCAUAUUACAUUGUAUACUGUAUUUUGUCGAGAAGCUGGCCGGGUGGGACAACACAAAAGCCAUAAUGUAAGAGUUGAAGAUAUUAACGAAGAAUUGGCCCUAGCGUAUGAAGUAAGGAAUUUGCACGAGCAUCAACUUUACGAAUUUUGGGUUUCUGCUACGACUAAAGUAGGCGAUGGUGAAUCGACCCCAAUAGUGGCGCAGCAAACGAACUCACGAGCGCCAUCUAAAAUCGCUUCAUUCAGUCAAAUCCUGCGUCAGCCAAACAAAUCAAGAAUUAUGCUGCCUUGCGUGGCAGUAGGAAACCCAAAGCCGAGAACUAGAUGGAUCCACCAGAAUAAACCCAUUACUUUCAGUAAUUUUUAUGCUGUUACCCUUGAUGGUCAUUUACAUAUUCAUGAUGUGGAUAUUUCUCUAACUGGUAACUACACAUGUAAGGCCGUCAACUUAUUUGGAGAAGAUUCGAUAACGUAUUUUCUGAUUGUGUUAAUGCCACCUCUGGCUCCAGAAAUAGAAAUUGAGUAUGCAACUUCGGAUACCAUUAAAGUAAAGUGGAGUAAGCCCGAAAAUGGUGGCUCUAGCAUUCGAGGUUAUCUGCUGAGUAUUAGAUCUGAGCAAACGGAGUGGGUUAAAAAAGAAAUUUCUCCAGAUAUCCUGCAGUAUAUAGUAGAGAAUUUGAAAUGUGGAUCUCUUUAUUAUAUCCAUGUUGCCGCACAUAAUAAAGCGGGCACAGGAGUAUCGAGUCCUAUUGUUAGUAUUCGAACUAAAGGUGGUCCUCCUCUCUUGCCAAAAGAUGACCAAAUAUUCGCAACAAACUCUUCCGUUAUUACAGUAAACUUGAAAAACUGGCCUGAUGGUGGAUGCAUCAUUACACAAUUUUCUUUGGAAUAUAAAGCAUAUGCUGAUCCAAGUUGGCGUCUUAUUGCGAAUAGUGUCUCCGAAGAUCAAAUAGUCAUUCAAAAUUUACUUCCUGGAAUCUGGUAUCAACUUAAAGUAUCAGCGCAGAAUGAUGCUGGAAUUGUUAAUGGGGUUUUCAACGUUGCAACUUUAAAAAUUGAUGGAAGUCGUGUCCCUAUGCUUCCCAAAAUGAUCGAAGAACCAAUUGAAACUGAAACUGGAACUGGCUUCUGGAACGAAACUUUCUUUGUAAUUCCAGCAUCUAUUUUGCUGAUAUUAUUGAUUGUCGUACUCUUCAGCACAUUUGCAAUUUAUCGAAGAAAAAGAAAUACUACUGAGAGACAAGAUUCUCAAACAGAAAAUAUCAAUAUGGAAUCUCAGGCGGAUGAGCAUCAUAGGCGCCACCGAAACAGGCAGGAUAAAAUGGGUGAACGCAAUAAGCAAAGAAACAGUAUGCAACAGAUGUAUUUAUCUUCGCCUGUUAAAAGCUGCGAUAAAAUUGCAGAUGUCGAUAAUAUGGCAGGAAACUAUGAGAUAACUCCAUAUGCCACAUUUGUAGUGCCAGCUUCUAAUAACAGUCAUUCUGUUAAAACUCCCGUAGAUUAUACGAUGCAAUUUAAAACAUUCAGUCAUACUGAAGAUGGAGAGCAUUGUGCAAUAAUUCCACAACCAACCCACAUUCUAUAUCGAUCACAAGUUCACCGAGAAAUCCACGAAGAUUCGGAUUCCGAAGAUACCAGUGGUAGUGGACGAGAGGGUACUACGGCUGUAACAUCUUCAACAAGCUAUAGACAUCCAAAACAAAGAGUCAGAGACCGCGGAGAUAGACAUUCGGGAGUCGGGUAUAUAGGCUAUGAGACACUUCUGGUCGCGGAUUUAUACAGAAAUAAAGAUAGAGAUUCGAGUACUGAAUCAAAUGAUGUGUCACCACUAGCUGAAAGAAGGCAAACUCCUAGGCAUAUCGGAGUUAAAACACAUUAUGGAACUGCUAGCAAUAGCAGUUUAGAACAUGGAAGGGUUUUAAUGGAAGAAGAGAAAAUUAAACCUCCAGUAUGCUUUUCAGAUAUUAGAGAAUGA